AAGUGGGCACUGUAGCUGAAAGUGAGUCUUUCUUCGCUGCUUAAUUCACUGCGUGCAUACAUAAACCCUCGUUGGACCAGCUCACUGUAGCCAGUUGUCUGGCCAAUUCCUGUGCGACAGACGGAUUUUGGCUUCCUUUCAUUCACUUCUUUUCUUUCAAUCCCCCUCCGCUGACUUUCUUGCCUCUCUUCUCUUUGUCUUCGCUCUUCCUCUUCCUCCUCUACACUCCUCUCUCUUCAUUCUUCUAAUACAGAGACUACUCUAACAGACCGGCAAAAUGGUGCCCCCUGCGAUUGUGCCCACCCUAGAGACCGCGGCCGAUGUGAUCGCUCGCACGAGGAACACGGCAUUCCCCCCGAACCUUCUCCCUCUGACGGCUUCGAUUCCUGCGGACCUUUUGACUCCUACCUUGGCAUACUUGAAGAUCUCGGAGAAAUCGAAAUUGUCGUUCCUUUACGAGAGUGCCGCGACUACGGAGACUAUUGGAAGAUACAGUUUUGUUGGUGCAGACCCCCAUAAAGUCCUCAAGACCGGUCCUGGCCAUGGCCCCGCAUGCGAUCCUCUUCCUGCCUUGGAGAGCGAACUCUCCCAAUACCGUGUUGCGACAGUCCCUGGCUUGGUCUUGCCGCCUCUCACCGGGGGAGCCAUCGGUUACGUGGGGUACGAUUGUGUGAAGUACUUCGAGCCCAAGACGGAGCGGCCGCUUAAGGAUGUGCUGGGCAUUCCGGAAUCGUUCUUUAUGAUGUACAACACCAUGGUCGCCUUUGACCACUUCUUCCAGGUUGUCAAGGUUAUCACUUUUAUCUCGAUCCCGACCUCCGAUGCCGAGCUGGAAGCCGAAUACCGCAAGGGUGCAGAGGCCAUUCAGCGUACCAUUGAUACCCUUCUUCAGCCCGAAUACCCUCUGCCUCCGCAGGGUCCGAUUAUUCCGGACCAGGAAUAUACGUCUAACAUUGGUCGUGAGGGCUACGAGAGCCAUGUGACGAAGCUUAAGAAGCAUAUCGGCAAGGGUGACAUCUUUCAGACGGUGCCAUCGCAGCGGUUGUCACGUCCUACUUCUCUUCAUCCUUUCAACCUUUUUCGCCAUCUUCGCACUGUCAACCCUUCGCCGUACCUGUUCUACAUCGACUGCGAGGCAUUCCAGCUUGUGGGAGCCAGUCCGGAACUGUUGGCCAAGGAGGAGAAGGGUCGCAUCAUCUCGCACCCGAUUGCAGGCACAGUGAAGCGCGGCAAGACCGUCGAGGAAGAUGAGGCGCUGGCGGACGAGCUGCGCGGAAGUCUGAAGGACCGUGCCGAGCACGUCAUGCUGGUCGACCUGGCGCGCAACGAUGUCAACCGGGUGUGUGACCCAAUGAGCACACAGGUGGACCGUCUGAUGGUUGUCGAGAAGUUCUCGCAUGUGCAGCAUCUGGUGUCGCAGGUGUCGGGUGUGCUACGACCUGAGAAGACGCGCUUCGACGCCUUCCGCUCCAUCUUCCCGGCAGGAACCGUGUCCGGAGCCCCCAAGGUGCGCGCGAUGCAGCUGAUUGCAGAACUGGAAGGCGAGAAGCGCGGAGUCUACGCGGGAGCCGUGGGAUACUUUGGAUUCAACAUGUCCAGCACGGACGGCUCGAAGGAGUUGCCUGGCGCGAUGGACACGUGCAUUGCGCUGCGGACGAUGAUGCUGAAGGACGGUGUCGCGUAUCUCCAAGCUGGAGGUGGUAUUGUGUUCGACUCUGACCCGUACGACGAGUACGUGGAGACGUUGAACAAGCUGGGAGCUAAUAUCCAGUGCAUCAAGGGGGCGGAAGCGAAGUAUUUGAGCUUGGAGCGGGAGGCAUAGUCCUAUCUCUCUUGUUUUGGUAUUGCAUGUUGGUUAUGUUUUCUAGUUACUUCUGCUACGUCUGAAUAUGUGAAAUGAUGGAUAUGAAUAAAUACAGAGAGUAUGCUACUGUACAACUGUGGCGGUGCAGGGUCAAAGCGGUGACGUAGGAGAGGACCCUUUUCCUUUCUGACAGUCAGUUUAUUCUAGGUUACGCGGCCUUCGCCACGAUUCAACGGUAUGGCAUUGGGC